AUGCAACCUUUUUUUCUCCAGGGAACUGUAAAACCAGCUGUCCCUUUCGAUAAGGAUGCUGACGCUACGGCACUCUAUGAAGCUAUGGCCGGUUUCGGUACGGAUGAGGACGCCAUCAAUGCUAUUCUCACCAAGAGAUCAAACAAUCAGCGACAAGAGAUUAAGGAAGCCUUCAAGACCAAAUACACGCAGGACCUUGUCGAUAGCCUGAAGGAUGAACUGAGCGGAGACUACCGCAAGACUGUCAAAGCUCUAAUGGAUGAACCUGCAGUCAUGAUUGCUCGAUGCCUCAACAACCUGUGCCAAUGUGGUGGUGAUAAGAUGGAAAUCGGUCUACUCGAGAUCAUCUACCCACUCUCUGCAACGGACGUUCUUGGAAUUGCAGCUAUAUACAAAGAGACUUUCUCCACGGUCCUCCAUGAAGAUGUAAGCAAGUCCGAUACGGGACCAUUCAAGGACGUCAUCUUAAACAUCUUAGUGGGAGAGCGUUCGUCUUCAAUCCGCGUAGACACUGCUGCCGCAAAUGAUGAUGCCGAUUUCUUUUUCAAAACGAAGCCCGAGGAUUGGCAACUGCCCAAUGAGCGUGUCGAAACACUGUUUGGGAGGGCGAGUAUUUCCCAGCUGCGACAAACGUUCACACAAGCUGACGCGGCCAACAAUCUGAGUUUGGAGAAAGUUAUGCAGGAUAGCAAAAUGGAUGAAACUCAGAAAGCUGCCUUCACUGUUAUUUUCAAGAGCAUGUGCCAACCUCUUGGGUUCUACGUUGACUCGCUGUACUGGGCCAUGAAGGGACUAGGUACCGACGAUGACAAACUCAUUCGCAUCGUCGUAGGCAGAUCAGAGAUCGACCUGGCUUCCAUCAAGAAAAUGUUCAAAGAGAAAUACCCCACCACCACCCUGGCCGCCAUGGUCGAAGACGAUACCAGUGGAGACUACAAGAAUGUUCUCAUUGGUAUCAUCAACGCCGAUGCUGCACCUACCCCAGCCCCCACCACCACCUAAAGACCGGCUGGAGUCAUUCCAUUCACCAAGU